GAAAAGCAAAACAAAGAAUUAUUGAAACACCUGAUGAAGAUCCAGAACCAGUUAUUCCACAACGAAUAGUUUUAGAUACUCUUGUUACAUAUGAUUACAAAAAGAAGAAAUAUGUACCGAUUCUAACUAAAAAUGGUGAAAUUACUAAAAGAUAUCCAGGAGGAAUAUUUGUACAACAUUUAUAUGGCGGACAUUUAGAACCAAGAUAUGUACCUGUACACCGAUUACCAGAUAAUUAUUUAACUUAUUGA